AUGAGAGAUUAUAAAUUAGUGGUGUUAGGUGCAGGUGGUGUUGGUAAAUCAUGUCUUACCGUUCAAUUUGUUCAAGGCGUUUAUUUAGACACAUAUGAUCCAACCAUCGAAGAUUCAUACAGGAAAACUAUUGAAAUAGAUAAUAAAGUUUUUGAUUUGGAAAUUCUGGAUACUGCAGGUGUUGCCCAAUUCACAGCGAUGAGAGAACUUUAUAUUAAAUCAGGAAUGGGAUUUUUAUUGGUCUAUUCCGUUACUGAUAGACAGUCCUUAGAUGAGCUAAUGGAAUUAAGAGAACAAGUCCUAAGAAUUAAAGAUUCAAGUAAAGUUCCAAUGGUUUUAGUUGGGAAUAAAGCUGACUUGAAUGAUGAAAGAGUUAUUAGUGUAGAGGAAGGUAUUGAAGUCAGCAGCACUUGGGGUAAAGUUCCAUUUUACGAAACCAGUGCCCUAUUGAGAAGUAACGUGGAUGAAGUAUUCGUUGAUUUAGUAAGACAGAUUAUGAGGAACGAGAUGGAAAGUAUCGCUAAUGCAGAAAUAAGGAAUCCAAGUAUGCAAAGGCGGAACGGGUCAUCUACAAACCCAUCACCAGUAGCACGAAGCGGAGCAAGACAGCAGCAACAACAACAACUAAGGAAUCAAGAGCCGAAUAGCACGAUUGAGGGAAAUGCUACUUCUCGAACAAAGCCUCAAAGAUCAGGUCAAAAAGCAGUUAGUGGGCAACAGUUGUCUUCCACAAAUGCAGUGAAUAGCUCAAGCGAUAAAAAAGCUAGUGACACUGCAAAAAGCAGCGGUUGUUGCGUGAUCUCUUAG